CUACCACCAAACCAUCCUCAUCAUGCCUACCCUACGCGAAUUCGACGCCGCGUGCACGAUGGUGGAGGCCAUCUCUUGCGCACACACCGGGCUAGCAGCUCGCAUGCUCGAGGCCGGAGUAGAUCCGAACAUCCCGUCCGACGGGCGAGGAGGCAAGGCCCCCGUUUACCUGCUGGGGCUGUCCUGCUUCCUCGGCCGUCCGGAAAUGGUCCGCCUCCUGCUACAGCACGGCGCCAGCGUGGACAAGCGCAUGCGGGGAGGGGAGACUCCGCUCCAGACCGCCAUCGGCGAAGGUGAACGUGGCAUCGUCGCACAGCUCUUGGCCGCCGGCGCCGAUGUGAACUUAAAGACGGGAGGGUCGGGACGCACCGCUCUGCAUAAAGCCGCCUGCCAAGGCGAUGUGCAGAUCAUAAAGAAGGUCAUCGAAGGAGGAGCGAGGCUCGACGCCCUCGACGCCGAGGAGUACAUGCCGAUACACCUCGCCGCGGACGAGGGGAAUCUCCCCGCGCUCAAGGAGCUCGUCAGGGCCGGCUCUGACCCGGAGUGGCGUAGUGGAGCCCUGCAGCCCCCGCUCGCAAACGCCUGCAUGAGCGGCCGCACGAAGGUCGCCAAGUACCUGCUAGAGACUUGCAACGUGGACGCAGGGACCGCGGACAGCGUAGGUUACACGCCGCUGGCGAUUUCUGCCCAGGGCGGGCACGUUUCCAUCGUGCGGAUGCUGCUCAAGCGGGGCGUGGCCUUACUCGGGAAAAACGCCUACCGCGACGCGAUCACGGGUGUUGCGAUGACGGGAAACAUGGAGAUGCUCCGAGAGCUUGUGUACGUGGAGGGAGGGGUCCAUCUCCUAGGCGCAAAGACCUCGCAGCUCAUGACCGCGCUCCACUUCUCGGCCGGCUACUGCCACGCCCGAGCCACGGCCCUGCUGCUCCACGCCGGCGCCGACGAGGGCGCGGUGGAUAGGAACGGCGGCACCCCUCUGGACGUGGUCGACACCAAGCGGUCCCCCCAGGGGCCGGCGUACCGGGCCCUGUCUUGGAGGUGGCCCGCUUCCUCCGCGUUUGAGACGACUCCUGAUUCUGCCGCCGCGACGGGCGGUGCUGCUCUCGCUCUUCCGGGGCUAGAUGCGGCGGAACCGGGGUCUGCGAAAGAUGCGGCGCAAUUGGUUCCCUACCCCGAGACGGAGAAGGAGUGGGUGGAUAGUGACGAGAGUUUCGACGAGGCGUUCGCGUCGGCGGUGGCCGGGUCGUGGAGGCUUAACGUGGCGGUCUUCCGUCGAAGCCGGCCACCCCCGCCGCCCUGUGGCAGCGAGGGCGGGUACCCUGCGGUGGAGCAGCGUGCGGCGCUCGUGUCGCGCUUUGAAAGUGUACUGUAG